AAGAAGGAAGCCACAAAACAAAAAAUUACACGGUCGAGGAGCAGAGGUCCGCGCGAUCUGAAGCUGAAAGUGGAAAGAAAACCCUCGACUCGACCCUCGUCUCCCUCACCCAGGCGGCCCUCGGCAAUCUGAUCUGAAGACUGAAGCUUCUGAAGGUGCUCUUCUUCGCCAUGGCCUCUCCCUCUUCAAUAAUCGACCCUGCCUCGCAAGCCAGAUCUUCUGGUGUGCUGAACUGACUUCAGUACUACCAAUCCUCCGCAAUGUAAUUAGAGUUACCCUUCUUGGCGAAUUUUUCUUUCCUUCUGCUCCCCAACUUUCUGUCUCCGCCAUGGCCAACAACUCCAAAGAAGAGCCCAGAACUGCUCCCCAGUCCGAUCGCUGGUACAAUCUUACGCUUGGUCCUUCCUUCAAAGAUGAAUCUUCCAACAAAUAUUGCACUCUUCGUUAUGAAUUUAAACCAGCUUCCGUUGAUAAGACUAAGCCAGGAUUACUUCGCAAGACCAAGGAAAAUAGGGUCUCUGUGGAAUUUCAGAACAACCAAAUUGGAAAACCUAAAGUGACAUUUGAGGGGAGUAGCGAGGAAUACAAGGAAAAUGAUGCUGUAUUGUUCUUUGAUGGUGAGACAUUCCGAUUGGAGCGGCUUCAUAGAGCUGUAAAGCAGCUGCGGCAUCUUCGCUUGCCUGGCGAAUCUGCAGCUGCUGCCGCAGCAGGAGCUGUUGCUGCUCCAUCUGGACCAGCUUUGGAUAUUCGGUCAUCUCCUAUUGGGAAGGCUACAAAGCCCCCAACUUCAGGCAGAAGCUCGUUUCAGACAGUUGAGGUGGAACGUAUUGAUAUUGGUGAACCAGAGAAUACUGGUGUCAAAUCCAGUGCGAAGGUGUUAGCUGAUAACCCAAAUGAACCUCCUACUGUUGGUACCACCUCACCAGGAUCUAAAAAUGAAGUUGAGGAACAUCAAGAUAUAGAUAUUGAUGAUCUUUUUGGUAGUGGAAUGCCCGAGGAGGACAAUGCUGUUGAAGAAAAAGAUAAUGUUGGAUUUGACAUGAACCUUCCUCGUCAAAAUGACACGGAUGAUGAGAUUGCUGAUGUGGAUGAUAGUGGAGAUGAGGUUGAUAAAGGACCCAAUGCUGCAGAAGCUCUCAGAGCCCAGGUGAAUGCUGAGGGAAGGGAUGAACAGUCUUCUAGUUCUACUAGUAGUAGUGGAAGUGGAAGUAGUGGGAGCGGGAGUGGGAGCAGCAGCAGCAGCAGUGACAGUGAAGGCAGCGAUGAAGACUCGGUUACCUCAGUCUAGGAGAUUGCGUUAGUGGUAUCUUCUUUCCUUCCCUCCUUUGGUAAUUUCAUGCGAACAGUACGAGACACAGAGUAUCGAGCAAAUAAUUAUUAGGGAGAAUGACAGAGGUUCCAAAAGGAUUAAUUAAUUCUAGUUAGGUCUCAAGUGUUAAAAUCUAGAAGUUUGCGAUUCAAUCUCUCAAUUUUGUAACUGCAUUAUGAUGAAUUUACAAUUUGUUUUUCAAAUUUUAAAUGGUUGAAAAAUAAAAAAAAUUAUUUUUCUUAUUAAAAUUUAGAAUACAAGUUGCAAAUUUAUCACAAUACAGUUGUAAAAUUGGGAGAUUGAGUUAUAAAUUCUUAAAAUUUAAAUUUUGGGACCUAACUUGGAUUAAUUGGUCCUUUUGGGACCUCUAUGUCAUUCUCCCUGAUUAUUAAGUAAUCCCUGGCUUAAAGCCAUCUUGUUUCUGAGAGGAGGGAAUUUUGUUAACCUUGACAUUAAUGUGAUUAUCAAUUUGGUGGGGGUGCUCAAUUAUUUCAUGUAUGAAGUAUUCUCUCUUAUAACCCUGUUUAUUUUUGCAUUGGUGUUCAAAUGUAAAGCUGAUUAUGUCAUUCUCCCUAGUCAUUAAGCAAUCACUGCCUUAAAGCCAUCUUGUUUCUGAGAGGAGGGAAUUUUGUUAACCUUGACAUUAAUGUGAUUAUCAAUUUGGUGGGGGUGCUCAGUUAUUUCA